UGAUGGCGGGGGCUGGUUCCGCCGCUGUGUCCGGGGCAGGGACCCCGGUGGCGGGGCCCGCAGGCCGCGACCUCUUUGCCGAGGGGCUCCUAGAGUUUCUGCGACCAGCUGUGCAGCAGCUCGACUCUCACGUCCACGCCGUGAGAGAGAGCCAGGUAGAGCUUCGGGAACAAAUUGACAACCUAGCUACUGAACUGUGCCGUAUAAAUGAGGAUCAGAAAGUGGCCCUAGAUCUCGACCCCUAUGUAAAGAAGCUGCUUAAUGCCCGGCGACGAGUUGUCUUGGUCAACAACAUUCUGCAGAAUGCCCAGGAGCGGCUGAGGCGGCUAAACCACAGUGUUGCCAAGGAAACAGCCCGUAGGAGAGCAAUGCUGGAUUCUGGAGUUUACCCCCCUGGCUCCCCAAGCAAGUAACAGAAGAUGGGCCUCAGAAUAGUACAAGUACUAUUUUCCAGCUGCCUCAUUUCUUUCAGGACACCCUAUAAACCUUGGGAUAUCAAGACAGUCCUAUGGAUUGUGUGUUUGAAGCACUUAAAAGUCUUACCCAUUUAUGGGGGGGCCAAAGAAACCUAUGUUGAGCAGGACUCAGGAUCCCAAAGGAUUUAUUCCAGCUCUUGCUUCCUUCCAAGAAUGAACUGAGACCUCCUACAUUUUUUUUAAAGGUACAUACUCAAGGCUCACUUCUACCUUCAAAUCUAGUUAACCAGGGAGGGGCUUCCUAUUAUAUAGCUGGUUGUUGGGGCCUGGGCAGCAUGUCCUCUACCUUUGACUUCUCAUUUUCCUGUUUAUACUGAAGUUUUGGAGAGGGCAAGCAAAGUCACCUAUCUACCCUCUUGUAGAUUUCACUGGCUUGAAUACAGCAGUCUUGCUAGAACCAUUUAAUUCAAUAAAUGCUUAAACAGUA